CUCUUUGUUUGGACCAUGACAUCCCUUCAUUUGGUAGUCCCUGGCCAAGUGAUUGCCUCGUCGUCGUCCUCUGUGGGAACUGAUGGCGAAGACUCGUUUUUGAAAGGCCACGGCACGUAUUUGGAACGCGUGACGAACACCAGCACCAACGAAGCCGAACAACGGCUCGUAGCCAGUGUGGUGGGGAUUGUCCAUCGGGUCAACAAACUCAUCACAGUCAUUCCAGCAUCCUCGGGCGUCUACGAUGGACAAGUGGGAGAUCUCGUCGUGGGACAAGUCACGGCCGUGGGCCCGACGCGGUGGAAAGUAGCAUUGUGUGGCAGUGGUCAAAGAGAAGCGCAAUUGCCGCUGACGGGCAUGGUCUUACCGGGCGGGGUCCAACGCGUGCGAACGGCCCAAGAUCAACGCGAUAUGCGACAACAUUUGCAAGAAGGCGAUUGGAUUUCGGCCGAAGUGCACAAAAUCAACCCCAACGAUGGCAGUCUCCUCUUGCACACGCGAUCGAUGCGGUACGGAAAACUCUCCUAUGGCACCCACACGUGUGUUCCACCCGCAUUGAUGCCGCGUCGUAAAAAUCACUACUACACGGACUUUUUAGAUCAAGUCGAUGUCGUCUGGGGCGUCAAUGGACAAAUUUGGAUUCAACGCAAAUUGAGUGCGUUGCAAGGCUAUCAUAAUAAUGUCGCACAAGCCGAAAAUGAUCGCGACGAAGAUCGACACGAACGAUUGCGACAAGAACACGCAUCGACGCCCUUGCUGCAAGACGAUCGCAUGGCCGUGGCGCGAGUCCGCAAUGCCAUUGAAUGUCUCGCCAUGGUACAUGCCAUGGUCACACCGGAACAUGUCGAAACGGUCUAUCGGCAGAGCAGCCAUUUGCGACCCGCCGACAUGUUGUUGCCAGACAAUGUCAUUGCAUUGACCGCUUGUACGAGGCAAUAGUAAUAUAGAUAUGUAUCAAAUAUGCGAUUUUCUUUUAUUC